CCCCCCCCUCUCUUCCACUCUCUCCCACCCUACCAUCCGCCCACCUCCUCUGAUCCCUCCCUCACUCCCUCUCCAAUUUUGGUUGUUCUUGUGCAUUUCCGCCGGACAAACAAGCCAAGUCCGGCGCCGCCCCGUCAACCAGUGGCUAGCGGAGGAACUACAGCUAGCAAUCUUGUCCAGGCUGCCGACCCCUGCCUCCAUCGGAAUGAAAGAUUGAGAAAAAUAUGGAAAGGAAAUCUGGCUGGAGAUUACGGAAGUGAGAGAAAGAGAGAUUUUUAAUGAAUAGAUUUUUGUAACUACCU